UCAGGACCAAUCAGCGGUGGCGUUGCUUUUGCGGCUCCACGUCUGCACCAGCUGCGGGGCAAGAUGGAGGCGGUGAUUUUGGAACCCUCCCUGUAUACUGUCAAAGCCAUCCUGAUUCUGGACAAUGAUGGAGAUCGACUUUUUGCCAAGUACUAUGACGACACCUACCCCAGUGUCAAGGAGCAGAAGGCCUUUGAGAAGAACAUUUUCAACAAGACCCAUCGGACUGACAGUGAAAUUGCUCUCUUGGAAGGGCUGACAGUGGUGUAUAAAAGCAGUAUUGAUCUCUAUUUCUAUGUGAUCGGCAGCUCCAGUGAAAAUGAGCUUAUGCUUAUGGCUGUUCUGAACUGCCUCUUUGACUCCUUGAGCCAGAUGCUAAGGAAAAAUGUAGAAAAGCGAGCUCUGCUGGAGAACAUGGAGGGGCUUUUCUUGGCUGUGGAUGAAAUCGUAGAUGGAGGGGUGAUCCUGGAGAGUGAUCCCCAGCAAGUGGUACACCGAGUGGCAUUAAGGGGUGAAGACGUCCCCCUCACUGAGCAGACUGUGUCUCAGGUGCUGCAGUCAGCCAAAGAACAGAUCAAGUGGUCACUCCUUCGGUGAAGACUCCCCUGUGCCUGGCUCCUGUUCCCUCACAAAUCCGCAUGUCUGCUGUGACCUCUCAUCCAGGCCCCCAGCUGAUGCUCUCAGGGUCAUCUCGGGAUUACAAGGAUCCUUAAAUCUCCAUCCUGUCUGGGGUGGCCCCCUGCCCCCAACACACUUCCCUUCCCUUCUCACUCUUUCUGCUGGGAGGAAAGCUCCUAGCAGAUUUAGAUACUGGUCAGGGAAACGCCCUCUUCCUUCCUACACUGGAUUAUGCUCCAUGCUCACCUACCCCCAUAUCUUAUCCUCAGCUUCUUUGCCCUUUGCUGUAGCCACACUCCAGAUCAAGGCAGGAGAAAGAAUGUGCUGAGUGUUUUCCACCCUUUACCUUUACACAGCCGUCAUCCCAACAGCCCAUAUGUCCAGCAGAGAGGGGUGGGAGGUUCUGGGUUCUGUAGAUGAGUAGGGGUGGGGACGGGCACUUGCUGGCCUCUGCAUCUCUCCUUUCUUCUUGGUGCCUGUCUUCUGCUUUGGAAAGAGAAUCAAGGAACAGCUUAUAGGAAGGGGAUGGAGUGGCAGAAACAGUGAUUUAAACGUAGGAUAGGGCUUUUAAAACUCAUUCUGUACCCGAAUCCCGGGAUACAACUUCAGAACUGCUGUGGUCUGUGAGUGGUUGUUCUGAGUGUCUGUCUCUUGGUCCGAUGUCUUAGCUCUCCACCUUUACUACCUGUGGGAUUGUUCCUUGCUUUGUCCUCACUGGGCCCUGGAGCAGAGCCAGUCACUGGAACUAAAACUCCAUUCUCAUCUUGGGAAGAAGAGUUUCUGCUCAGAACUGGAGAAGAAGGGGGCUGAUGCCUUGGACCUUGAGGCUCAGUCCCUCACCUCCUGGAGUGCAUUUGUUCCUCUGCCUUGGGUCUCACUUGGCUGCUUUACCCUAUCCUCUCUGCCUCAACCUUAGAUAAAAAAGCAGUAGAUGUGGGCUCUUCCUUUCUCUAGGAGGCUGAGAGAGGUGCCUUUCCUUUGGGACCUGGAUUUCCCCAGGAGGACAGACAGUGGAACAUCUACUUUCAAGUCUAAUCUUUCCCCUUGACUCAAAACUUUCUCCCUACAAAAAUGUCUUAGAGGGCCGGGGAUUUAGCUCAGUGUUUCCGGCGCCUGCCUUGCAAGUGCAAGGUCCCGAGGUCGAUCCCCAGUACCAAAAAGAAAAAAAAGUUUUAGAAAACCCUUCCCAUGGGCUGGGGAUUUAGCUCAGUGGUUUCGCCACCUGCUGCGCAAGUGCAAGGACCUGAGUUCGAUCCCCGGUACCAAAAAAAAAAAAAGAAAAAAGAAAACCCUUCCCAGGACCUUACAUUCUGCCCUUUCCACUAACUGCCAGUUCUUCAGCACUGAAGUGGGGCAGACAAUGGGAUAUUUGAGGAGGGACCUUCAUGUAAAAGAUGUACAGAAUUAGGAGUUGGCCCACCUUCCUAUACUGCUCUGUGCAGAGGAAUAAAACAUUUUUGCCAAA